AUGUCUGAUUUUGAUCAACAACAUCAAUAUAUUCAAAAGCAGAAUAAACUUCUUGGUGGAUCCCACUACACUGUUUAUGUAAAUAAAAGGAUAUUCUGGAGAUACAUUCGCAGACUAUGGGAGAGUGUACUUGAAUAUGCAUUCUUCAUACUGUUGAUCGGAUUUUGCCUUGUAACAAAAGGUAUAUUGUUAAGUCCAUGUGUAAUUGGGCUUUUGAUAUAUACAUGGCGUCGGAGGCAUUUAUCAAUGUACGAUGGGGUCGAAGAAUUUCUGCAAAGCCAAAACUCUCUUAUUCUAAUAAGGUACUCCUACUCAGACAUUAGGAAGAUGACCACAAAUUUUAAAGAUAAAUUAGGUGAAGGAGGUUAUGGCACCGUAUUUAAGGGAAAGCUUCGAAGUGGUGGUCUUGUAGCGGUAAAGAUGUUAGGCAAGUCUAAAGCUAACGGACAAGAUUUCAUCAGCGAAGUUGCAACCAUUGGAAGGAUUUAUCAUGUGAAUGUAGUGCAACUCAUUGGCUUUUGUGUUGAAGGAUCCAAGAGGGCACUAAUAUAUGAGUUCAUGCCUAAUGGUUCUCUUAAUAAACACAUUUUUCCCCAAGAAGGAAGUAUCCUUCUAAGCUAUGAGAGAAUGUAUGAUAUUGCACUAGGAGUGGCUCGUGGGAUUGAAUAUUUACAUCGAGGAUGUGAUAUGCAGAUCUUACAUUUUGAUAUCAAGCCUCACAAUAUUCUUCUAGAUGAGAAUUUUACUCCUAAAAUUUCUGAUUUUGGCCUUGCAAAAUUGUAUCCAGCAGAGGAUAGUAUUGUUUCUUUAACUGCCGCAAGAGGAACAUUAGGAUACAUGGCUCCAGAGUUGUUCUACAAAAAUAUUGGAGGCAUCUCAUAUAAAGCUGAUGUUUAUAGUUUUGGAAUGUUACUAAUGGAAAUGGCGGGUAGAAGAAAAAAUUUCAAUGACUCUGCUGAGCAUUCAAGUCAAAUAUACUUCCCCACUUGGGUCUAUGACCAAUUUCUUGAAGGAAAAGACGUAGAAUUGGAAGAUGCAACGGAAGAAGAAAAGAAAACAAGUAAGAAGAUGAUAAUGGUUGCAUUAUGGUGUAUACAAAUGAAGCCAAACGAUCGUCCUUCGAUGAACAAAGUCAUAGAGAUGCUUGAAGGAGAAAUCGAGUGCUUACAAAUGCCUUCCAAGCCUUUCUUAUCAUCGACUGAGAGUUUGACAAAGGAGGUCGGAGACAAUUCAAAUUCUACUUCAUUGUCUAGUCAAUUGGCUGAAUCAUGGCAAUCAUCUCAAUCUUAAAUCUCCUUGAAUUGUUACGUCCAUCUAUUGUUCACCAGGGAAAGUUACUUGCUGUAUGUCAUCAGGAAACUUGUAUAAAUUAAAGCGUUUUAGUAUUAAAAUUAUCAUAGUCAGAAACAAAAAAUUAUAAUAUAUUCUUAGAAUAUGGAUGACGUGGUAUUCCUUCCCAUCAUAUCACAAAAAUGUCAUGUACUUAAAAACUACUUACAUAAGUAUAAAGUUUUAAUAUUUCCGGUGA